ACUGUCACUGAGUAUAUAGUUCGAUCAUGAAAUGGAAGAAAACCCUGAAGUUAUAAUAUCUAGAUUUGGAUUUCGAAACAAAUGUUGUUGUUGAAGAAAAAGAUAUGAUUCUAGCUCUAGUGGACAGCAACGCGACAUGGAAGAAGGAAAAUAAAUUGCGCCGGUGAUGGAGAGUGGAAGGAAGCCCUGUCGCAUCUAAUCCAGGGAGCUCCCGCGAAGCGGGCCGGAGCUCCCUGGGUUAUGUCACAUCUAGUCAACUCACAUUAAUUUGCACCUGCACAGUGCACCACUCAAACUAAAGGCCAAACAAUGGAGGAAAAAAAGUCGACGACUGAGUCUCUUCACUCACUCAACAACUUCAAAAUAUAAUAAUAAUAAUAAUAACAUGAUUAGAAAUAGUGAUUGCACGUACUUACAAACAAGUAAAAUAAUAUGUCCGAAAGGGAUCCGAACCAAAUAAUUUAAAUUAUGUAUACAAAUCAACUCACGAGUAGCAGCAGACGAUCCGACGGUACGAGAAAGUGAGGAUGGAUACUCAAUCGCAUCGUUCUGUUGGAAUUUCGAUAUCAUUAUCCUGACUAUAACUGAAUUCAUGGAUUUUUUUCAUAUAAAAAUAAUUGGACGUUUAGGAUUAUUUAUCUCAUUACGAUUGACACUUUGUUGAAUCAAAUAUUUGAGAUAAAUUGAAAUGAGAUGCGAAAUUAAAAGAUCAACCAUAGCUGGCACGUGCAGAUCAUCCAUUGCUUGUGCCACCCUAGACAGCUGGCAGCCGUCUGAUUUGAGGAUUUUUUUUUUAUUAUUAUUAUUUAAUUCCUCCUCGUACACAGACGGCUAGCUAUAGUGCAGCCACCAUUAGGGGGUUAACAAUGCAAAAUGCAAGAUCCUGACUUUUUCAUCGAAACUUCCUCCAUCAUAUUCAUAUCUAUGACCUAUAACAACUCGCAUAAUACUCUUGUGGUGGCAGGUCAAUAUACGAAGCCAAGGUAUUUAGAAAGCUCUCUGUCUCAACCAUCAUGACCAUGAUAAUGCACGUCAGAAGACCAUCGGUAACUACAGCCAUUACAAUCCUGCUGGUGGUGGCCAUCAGUGGUUUCUUGACGCUAGGAAUCUUCACAGUGGAAUUGCGGUUCCUGUCGAUGGUUAAAUCCUGUGCAAGGUUCCAAAAGUGCCCUUCUGAGCAUAAUGCCAAUAGCACUACCCGGGUUCAUCAGCCGCAGUAUGCCUUCAAAGCUUCUGCUUCUGCCCCAGGCACGAUCAAAGGGAUCAAAUCUCCAAAAAGCCCCAUGUACAUGCAGCUCAGGGAAGAGCUUGGUGAUGUGUGCGAGGAGGGUGAUAUUGAUCGUGGAUGCUACUGCCGGAAGGGGUUGAAUACAUAUCCACCAGAAAUCAAACUUUUGAACGAAGAAAUUCUAAGGAUGAGAGGAUGCAAGAAACGCAGACCCGAUGUCAUCAUUCCAGGCUCCAUGAAGAGUGGCACCACGGCUCUCAAGGCAUAUCUGGAACUCCAUCCAGCUAUUUCAUUCCCACUAACAGAACUGCAUUUCGCCAAUCAUCAUCUUACAUAUGAGUACGAUGCAUACGCGGAUGUCAUGCCAUAUUCCACCCCCGAUCAGAUUGCUAUAGAAAAAACUGCUGGGUAUUUCAUCAGAAUACCAAUCGCAAAAAGACUACGGAAGGCAAUGCCUGAUACCAAGUUCAUCAUCAUUCUCCGUGAACCCAUAAACCGUGCAGUGUCAAACUAUAUGCAUAUGGUAGCUCGUAAUGAAUAUCAUGAGAUACAUAUCCAGGAAAAUACUAGUGCUCCACAGUAUGAGAUUAAAUCCACCUUUCGCGAGUCGGUCCUUUUUCCGAAUGGAGGUCUCAAGGUUGCUAAUCGUCUCCUUGAUUCGAGCCGCUAUGUCAAAUACCUAACACAGUGGUACAACAUCUUUCCGAGAGAACACAUCCUGAUCUUGGACGGGGAAGAGUUUAUUAUGGAUCCCACCCCAGUUCUCCAACAGGUCGAGGGAUUUCUGGGGAUCGAUCGCUACUUUGAUGAUACAAAGUUUUAUUUCAACGAGACGAAAGGAUUUAUCUGCCUUCGAGAUCCUUUUGAGAUGUGUAUGCGAAGUAACAAGGGGAGGCAACAUGAGUUCGUCAAUGAUGACCUGAUGAAAAAGCUACAAGAUCACUUUAGACCAUUUAAUAGACAGCUUGUAAAGGUCCUUGGACGAGAGCUUAGUUGGACGAAUGCUUAUUGAAAUUAUGGAUUAUAGUGGCCUAUGUGUUCUACAAUAGGGAAUUUUCGCACCUCCAUGCAUGCAGAACGCUUUCAAGAACCUAAAAAUGUAUUGUCAAAUGGCAUCUAUGACAAUGAACAACCAAGAAGACUUUAACGAUAAUUUGAUAAUCAAACCAGUAGUUUCGUCCUGGACCCAUGGAUAAACAACAAAUAACAUUUUCUUUAAUCUCCGAAACUUGUAUAGAACAAACUGAUGUUCCAUUAUUCUCACCAAUUUUCGAAAAUACUAAAGGCGAAAUUAAAUGUCUUAUUUAUGGGACAUUGGGAAAGUAUUCAAAUUACAGGUUGUACAGUUAAGAUCUGACGGCAUCUUGUCAUUGGUUCUUGGAAUGGUCUUUUAAAAAUAUUUUGUUAAUAAUGUACACGAAAAAUGUCGGUAAUUUGACAUUUCUCAUGCAGUUGGAAGCAUUUCAUUCGUUUUUUAUUUAUUGUAGAAGUUAUUAAGUUAUUUAUAUACAUAAUUGAACUUGGUCUGGAGUAUUUUAUUACUAUACAUUAAUGAAUAUAAUACAUGGUCAUUGCUCCUAAAUUAGAUGAAAAUCAAAAGGGUUGGUUAUGAUGACAUAUAGUCUGGGAGUAGAUAUAUUAUUUUCACCUUCCCGCACAAAGGCCGUUAACUAGUGCGCACUGCACUGCCCGUCGCCUUCCCGCACAAAAGCCGUAGCGCAUAGUGUUCACUGCACGAUACCGCCCCUUUCGCGGGAAGGCGACGAGCAGUGCGCGCUAACGACCUUUGUGCGGGAAGGCGACGCCAUAUGUAAUUUAUGAACAAGUUACUGCUUUGUGAUUUUUUUUCUUGAGAAAUGUGGACCGCCGAGACUAUUGAGAAUGAAUAAGUCAAAAAUGAAAAUGCACAAAAA